AUGGCUCAGCCAUGUACUACCUGGAGCUUCUUGAGUCAAUUAAGAGACGAGUCAGGAGGCGCAUCGGUGUUGAUGCACUGGUCGCCGCAAAGCUGCAAAGCUUGCAUCAUCGGUGUAGGGUUGCUGGCCUGCUGCGCCGCUCUCCUCCUAGUGGUGGCCUCCGGGGCCCUGGCGGCGGCUCCUCUCGGGCCGUCCGACAGACCGGAGGCCUACUUCAACGGCUCCUCCUACAUACGCCUCGCAAAUCCCUUCUCGCUCAAGCAGCUCGUCGGUCUCAGCUUCCGGACGUGUGUCGGCGGCGAGCUGUUCUCCCAGCGGUACGAGGGCUACACGCUGCACGUGACGGCGCUGUUCGAGCAGGUGGUGGUGUCGUGGGCGCGGCCCGGCCAGCCGCACCGCGAGGUGGGGCUCGCGCGCGAGACGCUCGACAACCGCUGGCACUGGGUGGCGCUGCGCUAUCGCCCCGACCCGCCCUCGCUGCUGCUCGAGGUCGAUAAGGACACGCAGGUGAUAUCGAACGUGACGUGGAACCCGGAGCUGCUGCAGCCGGGCGCGCUGGAGGCGCCCGAGGCGGUGGUGCUGGUGGGCAACCUGUUCAGCGGCUGCGUGCUGGAGGGGCCGCAGCUCGAGUUCCACGCCGCGCACGUGCUGCAGACCAACGCGCGCUUCGGCGCCUGCCCGCUCACUACCGACGACUGCAUCGACAGAAAGGACGUGUUGAGGAUCCCACCGAAGGAUCACUGUUACAACGAGCCAUGUUUGAGACACGGCACUUGCAUAUCGAGACACGAUAGGUACGAGUGCCACUGCACGGCGCGCUACGCGGGCAACAACUGCGAGGUGGACGCGGGCGACCCGUGCGCCUCCGCGCCCUGCCGCCACGGCGCGCGCUGCCUGGAGGACGCGCGCGGGGACUACCGCUGCGACUGUCCGCCGCACUACCACGGCACAUUCUGCGAGCUGGAGGAGUCGCUGGACCCGCAGUGCGUGGCGGGCCCGUGCCGCAACAACGGCAGCUGCAGCGUGCCGCCCGGCGCCGCCGAGUACGUGUGUGACUGUCCCUCUGGUUACACCGGUCGUAACUGCGAGAUCGAUAUCGACGAGUGCGCGGCGCCGGGCGCGGCGGCCGCCUGCCUCAACGGGGGCCGCUGCGUCGACGCCGUCGACAACUUCACCUGCGACUGCACCGGCACCGGCUACGCGGGCGCGCGCUGCGAGCUGAACGUGAACGAGUGCGAGGAGCGCGGCGUGUGCGGCCGCGGCGCCUGCUACGACACGCACGGCGGCUUCGUGUGCGCCUGCCUGCCCGGCUACACGGGCGAGCGCUGCCACCGCAUGUCAGCGUGUGCGUCCGGGCCGUGCGGCGUAGGCGGCGCCUGCGUGGAGGAGAACGGCGGCGCGGGUUUCCGCUGCGUGUGCGCAAGAGGGCUGGUGCCGCCGCUGUGCGAGCCGGCGCCCGCCCCAGCGCCGCCCGCCCCGGUGCCCGCCCCCGGCCCCGCGCCCGCCCCCUCGCCGCCCGCAGCGCCUGCCUCCGCCGCCGCCUGCGCCGACCUGCAGUGUCCGCCGCGCUCGCACUGUAGAGCUGGAGUGCCUUCCAUGGUAGCCGGAGUGAUGGUCACUAAACAAGUUUUAUGCGUCUGUGACUUGGGAUAUUACGGCGCGCCGGGCCCGGCCCCCAACUGCAGCACGCUGGAUGCGGCGUGCGAGGCGGGCGUGUGUCUCAACGGCGCCACGUGCGUGCGCGCGCCCGACCACUUCAACUGCACGUGCGCGCCCGGCUACAAGGGGCAGUACUGCGAGCUGGGCCCGGCGGGCAAGGCGCUGGCCGAGCGCUGCGCCGCGGCGCCCUGCGUGCACGCCGUGGCCUGCCGCGACCUCGCGACCGGCUUCCGCUGCGAGUGCGAGGCGGGCUGGGCGGGCGCGCGCUGCGACGCCUGCCGCGCCGGCUUCGGCGGCGCGCUCUGCGACGUGCCGCUCGACUGCCGCGCCGCGCCCUGCCCGCCCAGACAGGAGUGCGUGGAGCAAGGCGGCGCGUGGCGCUGUGCGGCCGCAGCGGCUGACUCGGCGUGCGCGUCGUCGCCGUGCAACAACGGCACGUGCUUGGCGCGCGACAGCGGCCUGUUCCACUGCCAGUGCCCGCCCGGCAACAACGGAAGGUUUUGUGAGCUGGAUAUUGAUGAAUGCACGUUGAGGCCAAAAAUAUGCAAUAACGGAGUUUGCAUUAAUAUCCCUGGUUCCUAUCAGUGUUAUUGUAAACCUGGUUACACCGGUGAUAGUUGUGAACAGGAUAUAGAUGAAUGUCUGUCUUCACCAUGUAAGAAUGGUGGUACAUGUCAGAACUUAGAAAACAACUAUGAGUGCACUUGCAUGGAGGGAUAUGAAGGCAAGGACUGCUCGAUAAACAUCAACGAGUGCGCGAGCAACCCGUGCGCCGCGGGCUCCACGUGCGUGGACGGCGUCGCCAGCUACCGUUGCGUGUGCCAGGACGGGCUAACCGGGCCCAACUGCGAGAUCGACAUCGACGACUGCGAGUCGACGCCGUGCCAGCACGGCGGGCUCUGCGCGGACGGGCUGAACGGGUACUCGUGCGACUGCGCCGGCACCGGCUACAGCGGGCCCGACUGCGAGCUCAACAUCGACGAGUGCGCGCCGCGCCCGUGCCGCAACGGGGGCACCUGCGUCGACGACGUGAACGACUACCACUGCGCCUGCCACCCCGGCUUCACCGGCAAGGACUGCGAGACGGACGUGGACGAGUGCGCGGCCGCGCCCUGCCAGCACGGCGGCGUGUGUCUGCAGCGCAGCGAGCGCGCGCUGUACCGCGCGCCGGACGCGCCCGCGCCGCCGCGCCUGCCCGCGCCGCUGCCUGACGUCUUCCGCCGGCCCUUCGCGCUGGAUGCGGCCGCCGGCUUCGAGUGCGUGUGCGUGCCCGGCACGGCGGGCGCCCGCUGCGAGGUGGACGUGGACGAGUGCGCCUCCUCGCCCUGCCGCCACGGCAAGUGCGUGGACGCCGUGGGCGGCUACUCGUGCGACUGCGCCGCCGGCUACGAGGGCGAGCACUGCGAGCUGGAGAUCAACGAGUGUCUGCGGUACACGCCGUGCGAGCACGGGCGCUGCUACGACGGGCGCGCGUCGUACUACUGCUCGUGCGAGGCGGGCUGGGGCGGCCAGAACUGCUCCGUGGUGUUGGAGGGCUGCCGCGGGGAGCCCUGCCGCCACCACGGGACCUGCCUGCCCUGGCUCGUGCGCGAGACCGAGCACCGCUUCAACUGCUCCUGCACGCCCGGCCACUACGGGACCACCUGCGAGAAGAUAACGACUAUGUCGCUGGAGAAGAGCAGCUACGCGGAGGUGAACACGUCGCGCGAGGAGGGCUACGACAUCUCGUUCCGCUUCAAGACGACUCUGGGCAGUGGGUUGCUGGCCAUGGGCCGCGGCCUAACCUACUUCUUCCUGGAGCUUUCCAACGGCCGCCUCAACCUGCAUUCCUCGCUGCUCAAUAAGUGGGAGGGCGUUUUCAUCGGUUCCAACCUCAACGAUAGUAACUGGCAGAAGGUGUUCGUGACCAUCAACUCGUCGCACCUGGUGCUGGCCGCCAACGAGGAGCAGACCAUCUACCCCAUCAGCCAGAACGAGGCGUUCAACGCGUCCGUCACCUCCUUCCCGUCCACGCGCCUCGGCACGGCGGGCUCCUCGUACGCCACGCUCACGCACGGGCCUAACUUCUUCGUCGGCUGCUUCCAGGACGUCGUCGUCAACGGGCAGUGGGUGAGUAGUGAGAGGACGUCGUCAGGACAUAGCGAGCGCGGCGGGGCGCGCGCCGUGCUGCACCGCGUGCUGGCGUCGUGCCCGCGCACGCCGCAGUGCGAGCCCAACCCCUGCCUGUCGGGCGGCGCGUGCGAGGACCACUGGACGUCCUUCCGCUGCACCUGCCCGCGCCCCUACCUCGGCGACACCUGCCAGUACAACUACACGGCGGCCACGUUCGGGCAGGAGGCGGCGCGGCCGCGCUCGCUGGUGACGGUGGCGGUGUCGGAGGCGGCGCGCCGCGCCGUGCACGCCGCGCUCGACAUCUCCAUGUUCAUCCGCACGCGCAAGCCCACCGGCCAGAUCUUCUACCUCGGCUCGCUGCCCAGAUACGGGCAGACGGAGGAGACGCUGGUGGGCGCGUCGCUGAAGGGCGGCGAGCUGCUCGUGCACCUGCGCUUCAACCAGACGCCGGAGGACUACACCGUGGGCGGCACGCGCCUCGACAACGGCCACCUGCACCUCAUCGAGGUUGUCCGAAAUUCGACUUUAGUGCAAGUGAAGUUAAACGGUACGGAAUACUUCCGGAAGUCCAUAUCGGCGGCUAAGCAACUGGAUGCACAGGUUCUGUAUCUAGGUGGCCCACCCCCCGCGCCGCAGCCCCCGGCGCCGCCCCCGACGUCGCCGCCGGCGGAGGGAGCUUCGCCCUCGCCGACCGUCGCUCCCGCGCCCGCGCUGCCCGAGCCCGACGACGCCGACUACUUCAAGGGUGUCAUACAAGACGUGCAGGUGUCGAACGGCGUGAACGUGACGGUGGUGGAGUUCUUCCCGCUGGCGGAGGCGGCGGGCGGCGCGGCGCCGCGCGUGCCGCCGCCCUUCGGCGCCGUGACGCUGGACCCGCUGGGCGUGCUGCGCGGCGUGGUGUCGGACGACGCGUGCGCCUCGCGGCCCUGCCUCAACAACGCCAGCUGCGCGCUCACGUGGAACGACUACGCGUGCGCCUGCCCGCGCGGCUACAAGGGCAAGCAGUGCUCCGACGUGGAGUUCUGUCAGCUGCAGGACUGCCCGCUGGGCUCGCACUGCCGCAACCUGGACCGCGGCUACGAGUGCGUCGCCAACGCCACGUUCGACGGCGCGAGCACGGCGCUGCGCUACCGCCUGCGGCUGCCGCGCGCCGCGCCGCUGCGCCUGGAGCCGCCCAACGCGCUCACGCUCACCUACCGGAGCAAGGUGGGCGGCACGCUGUUCCGGGCGGAGGAGGGCGCCAGCCUGUUCAGCGUGGGGCUGUACCAGGGACAAGUGGGAGUGCAGUGGCGCCUGGGCGCGCAGCCGGCGCAGUGGCGCCAGCGCCGCAUGCGCACGCGCCGCCCGCCCGAAAACUGGGUCACGCUGCGUCUCACCUUCGCGGACGGGCACAUCCGUGGCUCGUUCGUGGAGGCGGAUGGACGCGAGGAGGAGGGGCUGUCGGACACCAUCGACGUGGAAGCGUGGCAGCGAUUGGUCACCGAGGGUCUCAUCACGCUGGGCGGCGUACACCCCGCCCCCGUCCCCGCUUCGUCCACCGCACCCAUGGAGAACUCGACGGACCCGAGUACGUUCGAAUAUUCAGAAGGAGACGAACUUAUCGAUGUGAAUCUGGCCGGAGAAUAUUUUAAGGGCUGCCUGGGCGCCGUGCACGUGGGCUCGCUGCUGCUGCCGUUCUUCACGGAGGAGCAGCUGUUCGUGGGCUCGGCCGCCGCGCUGCUGGCCGCGCAGCCGCACUACGCGCUGCAGUCGGGCGCGCCGUGGGGCGCGGCGGCCGGCGUGGGCUGCGUGCUGUGCGUGGAGGCGCAGUGCGUGCGCGGCGCGUGCGCGGACGUGCGCAACUCGUACGCCUGCGCCUGCCCGCCCGGCUACGCGGGCGACUACUGCGAGACCGACGUCGACGAGUGCGAGGACCACCGCUGCCAGAACGGCGCCACGUGCCGCGACGAGGUCGCCAAGUACGUCUGCGAGUGUCCCGACGGCUUCGACGGCGAGUUCUGCGAGCGCGACAUCGACGAGUGCGAGUCCGGCCCGUGCGCCAACGGCGGCUCGUGCGAGGACCUGGCGGGCGCGUUCCGCUGCCGCUGCGCGCCCGAGUGGAGCGGCGCCCGCUGCGAGCGCGCGCGCACGUGCGCGCACCGGCCCUGCGCGCCGCGCGCCGUCUGCCGCGACCGGCCCGAUCUCGUGAACGGGAACAAUUACACGUGCGAGUGUCCGGAGGACUUCAGAGGCGUCCACUGCGAGCUGGCCUUCUGUGAGGUCGAGCCGUGCGUGCACGGGCACUGCGACGUGGAUGCAGACCCGCCGGCGUGCGCGUGCGCGGCGGGCUGGAGCGGGCGCGCGUGCGACGCGCCGGUGGACGAGUGCGCCGGCGCCGCGUGCCUGCACGGCGGCCGCUGCGAGCCGCGCCGCCCGCCGCUCUGCCCGCCGGCGUGCGCGUGCGCGGCGGGCUGGAGCGGGCGCGCGUGCGACGCGCCGGUGGACGAGUGCGCCGGCGCCGCGUGCCUGCACGGCGGCCGCUGCGAGCCGCGCCGCCCGCCGCUCUGCGUGUGCCCGCCAGAGUGGCGCGGCGCGCGCUGCGAAGAGGACGUGGACGAGUGCGCCGAGGGCCGCGUGAGCUGCGGGCCCGGCCGCUGCCGCAACCUGCCCGGCGGCUACGAGUGCGAGUGCCCGGCCGGGCUCUGCGGCGACGGCUGCGCGCUGCCCGACCCCUGCAACGGCUCCGAGCCCGCCGCCGACGCGCACGGCCCGUGCCGGAACGGAGCCCGCUGCGAGCCGCGCUGCGGCGCGCUCGUCGACUACGACUGCGCGUGCGCCGAGGGCUGGGCCGGCAAGAACUGCUCGUCGGCCGCCGCGCCCGUGCAGGCGGGCGGCGGCGCCGACGCGGCCACCGUGGCGCUGGCCGUGGGCGGCGCGCUGCUGGCGCUGCUGCUGGCCGGCGGCGCGCUGGCGGCGCUGGCGGCGCAGGCGCGGCGCAAGCGCGCCACGCGCGGGACCUACUCGCCCUCCGGCCAGGAGUACUGCAACCCGCGCGCCGAGAUGAUCACGCACGCGCUCAAGCCGCCGCCCGAGGAGCGCCUCAUAUAGCGCGUGCGGUCCCGCUGGCUGGCUGCGGCGUGUACUCCUCGCGAGAUACGAUCGCUGAAGACCCCCGAGCGACGAGCCGACCGCUUCGUGUUCUCUGGCGUGUUCGGCUCCCGAAACUAUCGAUAUUUUUAAAUCAACUUACCCGUUGUCACUAAAAUAACUAAUAAAAUGUAAUUAGUUUCUGUAAAAAGACUUAGGUAUUAUGAAAUGUCUAGUAAGUAUCGGUACUUUUAUCCAAAUUUAAA